AUGUCUUGGUCGCGGAAAGCUUGUGCAUGGUGCCAAUUCGGGAUUUCAUUGAGUACAAUUCGUCCUCCGCGCGGCACGGUCCGUUGGCUGCUGCUGCUGGUGCUCGCCGUUCACAUAGCCUCUCGCCUCUCCUCUGCCGAUGCUCGCGACGAUGCCGCGGCGGUAGCGGGAGGGGCAGUGGCGGAGGGCGCUACACGAGGUAGUGGGUGUGAAGUUGGGGAGGCUUCUAUGGACGAUGCCGCCGCGGGAUAUCCCGGUGCGCGCACGUGCAAAGCCGCUGCGACGGACUCGAGCGCGCAUCCAGCGGACACUGUUAGAGAUGUUGAUCCAACGGCGGCAGCCUCCUCCCCGGCUGCACACAAGCACACCGCUUCCGCCGGUACCUGCGCCGGGGAAUGCGGCAGCACCGCUGCUGCCAACGACGGUACUGAAGAAGCAGCAGGCGACAGCAACGCCUGCGUGUCCUCUUCAACCCUUACUGUGGCGGCAUUGAACUCGUCCCUAACCUCGACUGCGUCGCCCGAGGGUUCGAGCGCGGCGGAGUUGGUGCUUUCCGCCGUCAAUGCCGUGCGCGCAGCAGUGGAGGCGGAACGCAUUGCGCUCGCGCGCCUGCAGGAAACCGUGGCGGAGCAGAGCGCGCGCCUGGAGCGCAUGGAGCGGCUUCUGGCGGAGCUUGCGGGGAGACGGGCGGAAGGCGCACGGCCAGGGGACUGGGGUUUGGGUGCGAUUGGGGGGGGAAUUGGUGGACUAAGGCAAGGGGGGGGGGACAGUGGCAGAGGUGAUGCCGGAAUAGGCGGAGUGGGCGGAGUGGGCGGAAUCGACGGAAUGGGCGGAGUGAAAGACGCUGUGCCCUUGGGAAGCAUGGGGGGAAGCGCGGAGGGAGAGCGCAUGUGGAAGUCCGCGGAAGGAGCCGGUGGCGCGGAAUCGCGAGGAAGGGAAGUGGUGGAGGAGCGAGCGGGCGUGCGGACGGGGAGGUGGAGUGAGCCGCUGACGUGGACUGGUAGCUUGGAGCUGGUGGGAACGGCGGCCAUGGGCGCACGUGUCACCGCCCUGCUGCUUCUCCCGUUGGACCUGUCGUCCCCUACGGGCGGGCGGCUGGUGGCAGUGGGGGACAUGGCGGGCCACGUGCGCGUGUUCUCUUCCCAGGGCCACCUGCUGCUGCACCUGCACCCGCCCUCGCUGCACUCCCACGAGCACGCACACGCGCAUGACCAUGGGGGGCGAGGAGGCGGAGGAGGAGCACCCGGAGGAGGGGGAGGGGGAGGGGGGAGGGGAGGGGAGUGGGCGGUGACGGCGCUGGUGGCGGCAGCAGUGAAGCGCAACGAGACGUGGCUGGCAACAGGGCAUGCGGACGGGUCCGUGUACCUUGUGCGCGUGCCCGAGCUGCAGGCUCGCGGCCGCUCUGCUGCCGCCCCUGCCACCACCACCACCACCAUCACCGCUGCUUCUGCUGCUGCUGCGGCGGCGGCAGCAGUGGGGGAGCACGGGGAGGUGUUGGUGGGCGGUAUGCUGGCGUCGUACGCGGUGCCGGUGGUGGAGCUGCUUCCCGCUGGCGCCCUUCACUCCCUGCCUGCUGCUGCUGCUGCUGCCGGACAGACGGCAGGUGCAGCAGGCGAUGCACAAACCGAGCAGCAGCAGCAGCAGCAGCAGGCGGGGUGGCGGGUGCCAUGGAGAGCAGUGACGUGUCUGGAGGUGCACAAGUCAGGGUCGUCGCGGUACAUCCUGGUGGGCAGUGCGGGGGGCGUCAUUGCAGUGCUGCGAUCCAAUGGCUCCAUCUACGGCCACGCCACUAUGCCGCCCGUGCAGCAGGGAGUGCAGGGACUGCAAGGAAUGCAGCAUGAAGGCAGCACAGGCGAGGCCCGGUCGAAGCAGAGAGGCGGAGAGGCCGCCGCUGCUGCUGCUGCUGCUGCUGCCGCUGACGCUGCAGGCGCGGGUGUGAAAGCACGAGAGAAGGGACCAGGCAAGGGUAGUCUGGACUCUGCUGAAGCCACUGCUCCUUUUGCUGCUGCUGCUGCUGCCGCUGUCGGUCGGCCCAGCGUCCCCUUGGCGUUCAUCCGCACGCCCUCCUCCCAGCGAGUGCUCUUCCUGACGUCAGCAGGAGCAGCGUCCGUGGACCUGCUCUCGCUCACCAUGCACCCCGCCACGUGCCACGGGCUCAACGGCUCCACGCUCGCCGCCUUCUCCUUUGACCCGGCCAGCCGCUCGCGCGCGUAUGCGGUGACGACGGAGGGCGAGCUGGUGCUGGUGACGAUCACAGGGGAUACCAACUGGUUUGACUGCCGCGUGCGCUGGAGAGUACCUGCGCUGCACUCCAUCAAGCCUGCUGCUGCUGCUGCUGAUGUUGGUGUUGAUGUGGAUCCUAAUGCUGAUGCUAAUGAUGGUGCUGUUGACGGUGUUGGUGGCCGUGACAGUGCUGAAAGUGCUGGUGGGAGGGGAGUGGUGGGGGAUGUGGUGGGUGUGGGGCAGGGCAAGGUGGCAGCAGUGCAUGGGUAUGUGUUUGUGGCAGGGGCUGGCUCACUGCUCAUCUUCAAUGUCUCCGGACAGUUUCACUGCAACGAUGUGAACACCAAUCAUUCUUUCCAACACUCUUUCAUGCCAUUCCGCCCCAUCCCUGCCUCCCACUCAUCCAUUCUCACUGUCUCCCACCCUCCUUCCUCCUGCCCACUGCUGCAGCCAUUCCGCUUCGUCUCCCCUCGCUCCAAGCCAUGGGCACCAACCCUCCUCCUCACCAUCCCUCUCUCCUCCGCGCUGGCUGCACUUCCCCCGCACCUCCCCUCCAUCCCACCAUCCCUCCUCUCCGCCCUCGCCUCCUCCGCCCUCCCUCCACCCCUAAUCGCCUCAAACAAAGAGUCCCUGCUCGCAGUGGCCUUCUCAGCCCACAAUGUCGCCAUCUACCGCUCCCGCCUGCCCGUCUCCUCCGCCCGCUCGCGCCGCUCCUCCUCCUUCCUCUCCACGCCCAUCCUACUCAUCUUCAUCUUCCUCUGUGCCGCCUGGCAGUUUGGCCGCAGAGCCCACGCGGGUUCCUCUGCUGGUGGUGAAGCACUGGGUAAUUCGGUUCCAGGCGAUUCAGAACCUCUUGGUGUUGCUCCGCAUGCUCUUGGGACGGGGCUGGGGAUACGGGGGCUGGAAAUGGACGAGUCGGGUUUUGCCGGUGGGGGUUCUGGUGCGGGUGGGAGUGGGAGCGGUGGUGGUGGGAGUGGGAGUGCAGGGAGAUUGUCGGCUGGUUCAGGAUUGUUCACGGGCAGGCGAACAGGUGGGGGUGGGGAUGGGGAGGAGAUGUGGGGAAUGCAGAUGGGCGGAAGAGGAGGAGGAGCAGGUGGAGGAGGAGCAGGGGCAGGUGGGGAUGGGGAGGUUGCGAGGGCAAACGUGGGAGGAAGAAGGCCCGAAGAAGGAUCAGCAGGGCUGAGGAUUCAUGGGAUGAGACCAAGUGGUGGGGAUGGAUUCAGGGGCCUGUCAGAUGGGGGAGGGAGUGGAGGGGUGGCGGAGGGUGUUGCUGGGUUGCAGAGGGGGGGUGGGGACAGAGGGGGGGGAGGGAUGGGGGAGAGUGGAGGGGACACGAUGCGAGAGAAUAGGUUGGGUUUUGAUCGCAUGGGUCAGGCGAGAGGCAUGGCAGCAGCAGGAGUGAGGGGUGCGAGCAGGCUGGGGCUGGGGAUGGAGGAAGGAGGAGAGGACACCCGUUCUGCUGCAGGCACUGCUGGAGCAGCAACAGCAGCAGCAGCAGCAGCAGGUGUUGGUGCCAGUGGUGUUGGUGGUGGCGCUGCCGGCCUGUCUGCUGCGGGUGGCGGUGGUCUAGAGGGGGCGAGCAGGCAGGCAUGGCUGGAUGCGAGUGAUGGCGGCGGUGGGCUGGUGAGCAGCCGCAAUAGUGACUGGGCUCCCAUUGGCAGGAUGAGAGCAUCGGAAAUGAGAGCAGCAGAGCGCUACCCCGCAUCGCACCUCAUGGGCGGGAGGCCGGCUCCUAUGUCGGGCCGUGUGGUGGGGCACCCAGGCCCGCGGCCAGAGUACCGUGGCAGGGAGACGUAUCCCCCAUCUGGUCGCAGGGAUCCGUUCUAUGCCCGCCGCGCGUUCCAGCCUGGUUGA